GGACGUAUAGCUCAAGUGAGUUCAAUGUCCUAUCCUUGACUGACAACUCAAAAUAAUGGAUUCCUGCAAGUGACUACCCCGCAUGUAAAAUGAGGGGAAAUUCCCACGUUACAUAUAUCUUAAAAAGAACUGCUGUUUUUGAGUAGAAUAUGGUUUAGAACUCUUUCUUGUCAGAUGUAAUCAUGAAGCUCUUGUUAUGGUCAUUGUCUUUUGGAACUGUGUUUUCUACUUCCACAGCUGCCACUCCUACGACGACAGCUGAAAGUGCAGACGCCUUUACUACGAAUAUCAAUAUAAAUGUUCAACAACUAUGGGAUUUAUUCGUCGGUCCGGUAGAAACCGCAACGAUCAAUACAACCGUCUCUGCGACUCCAGUUCCAACAUCUGAACUCAUUCCUCCACCACCUCUUCACUAUUCCUCUUUCCCAAGCGGUGCCCAGGUACCUUUAGCUCAAAAGAAUGAAUCCUGGAAAUUUCCUUCUGGUUUUUGGUGGGGUGUAGCAUCUGCAGCCUACCAGAUCGAGGGAGCAGCUGCGGAUGAAGGUAGAGGUCCUAGCAUUUGGGAUGUGUUUACGCAUAAUGCUGCUGCGAAGGCGACCUUAUUUAAUGAUACAGGUGAUGUUGGUGAUAAUCAGUAUUAUUUGUACAAACAAGACAUCGCAAGAAUUGCAGCACUCGGCGUUCCAUAUUAUUCAUUUUCCAUCUCUUGGUCUAGAAUUCUACCAUUUGGAAAAGGACCAGUUAAUGAACUUGCUCUGCAGCACUAUGAAGAUCUUAUUGAUACUUGUAUCGAAUAUGGUGUUAAGCCUGUCGUGACACUAUUCCAUUGGGAUACCCCUCUCUUCCUCCAAAACACUUACGGCGGCUGGCUAUCCCCCAACAUCAUCGAAGAUUUCGUCGCCUACUCCAAGAUAGUUUUUUCCCGCUACGGCGACAAAGUCCCCCACUGGUUCACCGUGAACGAACCCAUCGUAUUCUGCACUACCUAUCCGCUCCCCUCCGGUUAUUUCACCUCCACCACUAUCCCUUCAAAACAGCAACCCUAUUACUGCGGUCACCAUGUUCUUCUCGCACAUGCUGAAUCCUAUCACCUCUUCAAAUCUCUCGGGUUGAAUGGAACCCUAAGUUUCAAAAACAACGGUGGAUACAAAAUCCCCCUCACAAAUUCCUCCGAAGAUGCCGUUGCCACACAACGAGCUUGGGAUUUCAACGAAGGCUGGUUUGCGAAUCCUGUUUACAUCAAUGGAGACUAUCCAUCCUAUUUGAAAACUUAUCUAGAUACCAUUCCUCUCACAUUCAAUGAAAGUCAAAAGGCAUUGAUAAAUGGUACUGCGGAUCUGUUUGCUCAUGAUGCGUAUACUUCUUCGUAUUACAUGGCUCCUGAUACAGGAACUGACGCAUGUACUUCUAAUUCUUCGCAUUCGUUAUUCCCAGGCUGUUUUAACACUACGAAUGUAAAUACGGAUGGGUGGUUAAUUGGAGCGGCCGCAGAUCCGUUGGCGGGCUGGUUGCACAAUGCUGUGGAUUGGGUACCGGCCUUUUUGAAAUACAUUCAGGAUACUUGGCCUAGUAAGGGAGGGAUUGCUGUUUCUGAGUUUGGAUUCGCAGACCCCUUCGAAUAUGAAAAAACCCUACUCUCCGAUAUCCGAACCGACACAAGCAGAACCCUCUAUUACAAACAAUACAUGGAAGCCAUCUUACUAUCCAUUAGCGAGGGAGUCAACGUUGUUGGAUGUUUAGCUUGGAGUAUUAUGGAUAAUUUAGAAUGGGCUUCCGGAAACCAUGUAAAAUUCGGAAUGCAAUAUGUAAACCUUACGACUGGGGAGCGCUAUUACAAAGCGAGUUUCUUUGAAUAUGUUAAUGCGUUUAAAUUGUAUGCGGAGGAUCCGGUGGUGCCAGUUUAUGUUCAAUAGUUUGAAUUGAGAUUGGGAGAAUGAAUGAGUGAGAUAAAUGAGCUGCAUGGACGCGAGGAGGAUCAUUCAGCUGGUGGGUGGUCAUAAAAAGUAUAUAGACGGGAGAGAAGAGAAUCUAAUACUGAAAAUUAUAUACCUAGUUGGUGUAUUACUCUAGACUUUGAAAUAUCCCAAUCAUCAAGUGGAUUCUGCCCAUUAAACCAAUUUCAUUUAAAGGAAUACACGGGCAGCAGAUAUCA